AUGAAGUGUCCCCUGCCUUCAUGUCUCAGGGCACAUUUACUCUUCUGUCUGGGACUGCUGCACUGCGGCGAAGCCAGAGUGCACACUGAAGUACAGGCUGGGCCUCUGUAUCGCGUGGUGGGCUCGCCGCUCUCCAUCUCCUGCAACGUGAGCGGUUUUGCCAGUCACGACACGAGAAAAGAUAUUGAAUUCCGGGUCAAGAAGCCUGCAAAUCCCACAGUCGAGCUCAAGAUCAUCAGCACGAGGGACCCGGGCUUCAGCUACGCCAUGUACACUGUCCGUGUGAGGAGCAAAGAAAUCACCGUGACCCAUGUGACCCCAAACUCCGUCUUGUUUGAGAUACACAGCCUCCAGAAAGGGGAUGAAGGGGAAUAUGAAUGUUCUGUCGUCAACCCCGAAACGGCUUAUCAUGGAACCUACGGUGCUAUAACAACAGUGAAAGUGAUAGACAACUCCCUCAGUGUUUCAUCAACCGCCUCCCCCUCACUGAGCCAUAAUGAGGGAGAUGCCCUCACGUUGACGUGCCACGCCUCCAGCAACAGCGUCCAGCACACCCAUCUGUCUCUUGUCUGGUUUCUCCAUAACGACAGCGAGGACGACGCUCGGCCUAUCAUCUCUCUGGAUCGAGAUUUCACACUCAGCCCUGGUUCGGGGUUUGAAUGGCGUCAUCAAGCUGGACUGAUAAGGUUAGAUAAAACGGGAGAGGCCACGUACAAGCUAAACGUGGCUCAGCUGCAGCUUUCAGACCAAGGAAGGAUCUACUGCCAGGCGCAGGAGUGGAUCCAAGAUCCUGACAACUCUUGGUACACUAUCGCACAAAAGGAGGCAAAGGAAACUAUCCUGAAUGUUAAAGCCAGAGAGGUGGUGCCAGACACGUCGUCUCUGGUGGUGAUAAUCUCCGCACAGUCGGACACUCUGCAGGAGGGGCAAGAGCUGUCGCUGUCCUGCAACGUAGACGCACAGAAGCUGGAGGAAAGGUUCUUCUCUCUCGCCUGGCUCAGGGACGAUAUCGAGUUGGCCCGCAUUGGCCCGACGGGCAUCCUGUCCGCGGGGCCCGAGUACAGCGGGCGAGUGAAAGAAGGAGAGCUCAGGGCAGCCCGGAUCGGGGAGAGAGACUACCGUCUCAUAUUGCAGCCCGUCAGAACCGAGGACCAGGGAGAGUAUAUCUGUAGGGCGUGGCUUCAGGACCGAGGCCAGGAUGGUACCUUUACACGGAGAGCAGCCCAUGACUCCAGAUCCCAGCUGGUCAGCAUCUCAUCCACAGAGAGCGGCCUCUCAGUUGAAAUGCAAAACAGCGUGGGUGUUCACGAAGGGCACCGGCUGGAGCUCACCUGUAAAGUGCACAGGGUCAACGGCCAGCUCUCCGUCACCUGGCGACGCAAACCGGCGUCCGCGUCGGCGGCCGCCUUCACCAGCGUCAUCGGUCUGAGUCAGCAGGGCGUCACGGAGAAAGCGGGGGAGUUCAUGAGCCGCAAAGUGCGUGCGACGCGUCCAGCGACUGACACCUUCACCCUGGAGCUGGAGGAAGUCACACUUUCGGAUUCAGGCGUCUACCAGUGUGCCGUGUCCGAAUGGAAAAUCAAUAGCAAGACCAACAGCCAAUCACAGGACGCCACUGUGACGGUGGCUCCUACAGAUUCGUUCGUCAAAGUGUUUCUGAUAAGUCGCAACAGCAAAGUGACCGUCGGAGACAAAGUGGAGUUGAUGUGCCGGGUCCGAGGGCCACGCGUACCCAUCACACUGACUUGGAGCCUGCAGCGUUAUGCCUCGACCCAAGAUAACAUCCUGACUGUGUACUCUGACGGUGCCAUCAGCUGGUUUGGAGACGAGCAGCGCUACCAGCUGAAAGUAGAGAACAAAGAGAACGAAGUGGUUUACUAUCUGCUCAUUAAUGGUGCGAGCCGUAGGGAGGCGGGAAGCUACCAGUGUUGGGUGUCUGUCUUCCUGGAGAACGUUCACAAGAAGUUGCCUCCAUCCAACCAGCUGGCUGUUUUGGUGCAGAACCCAGUGAGCGAGCUCGUGCUGACCUCCACGCCUGCCUUGACAACAAAUACCGACGCUGACGUAGAAAUAAAAUGCUCCGUUAUCUCCAAACCCUCUGCGUCCUCCCGCUACGCUGUCACCUGGCUGCUGCAGCAACAGGCAGAGAAUCGGACCAUCGUGAGCUCGGACCAGGAUGCCCUCGUCACAUUCGCACCCCAGGUACAGCAGAGCCACAGGCAGCGAAUCAGCAUGAAGCGCACUAAGGGCCCGAGUUUUGAGCUUCGUAUUCGGCAAGCUCGGAGCUCAGAUAAUGGCUCAUACAUAUGCGAGGUGGUGGAGUGGCUGCAAGAGCCGCAUGGGGACUGGUAUCAGCUCUCCACGGUGUCCAAAACUACGGAGCUGACAGUUAUCGAGCCUGAAACCAACCUGUCUAUCUUGAAGGAAGAAAAGUGGUUGAACAUGAGCGGAUCCCAGGAUCUCCUGAUCCCCUGUCAUAUCACCAACCAAUCCAGCAGUGAAUCUGAAUUCCAGGUCACAUGGUUUUGGCAGAAAGAGACGGAAGCUGAACAACGCCCCAUAUACACAGCAUACCGCAACUCCACCUUGCAAGACCGGUUUGGAAAGGGUGAUCAGCUAAGAUUCGGCCAUCCUUUGCCCGACCAGUUCAGCCUCACAGUGUUGAAGCCCAGUCCUGAAGAUAGCGGCCUGUAUUUCUGUGAGGUAGAAGAGUGGCUCCUAUCCCUGUCUCAUGGGUGGAGGAAGCUUGCCGUGGAAAAGUCAGGAUACUUGACUGUCAAUGUCUAUGCAGAAGGAGAGGUCAAAGCCGUCUCCGAGCCAGAAUGCAAGUCGGACAUGUGGAUGGGGAUUCUUAUAGCGGUCGUUAUCUGCUCGCUGUUGGUCGUGUUCCUGCUGGUGCUGAAGAUAUGCAGGAGCAAAGUCUCAGGAGGAAACAAGUCGCAUCCCAAUCUGUGGGCAGAGCCAGAGCAAUACACACUGAAAACCAAGCCCAGUGCAGAUGACUGAAUCUCAUCCACCAGAAGAGGAGCUCAGAGGAGACACAAAUGCACUUCUAUUUUUUUAUGUGAAAUGUAAUAUAUGCAGUUGUUUUAUAAUUCAAAAAGUUGUACGUAUUUUUUACAAUUAUUAAUUGUUAUUCAAAGUUUAACAAUGAAUCUGUUGAUAAUGUUUUACAAAUAAAUAGUAUAAAUGCUUUACUGCCCGUGGAAGCUGGGAAUAAUGUUGCCUUCAUGAAUGAAUUCAUUUCCUUAAACCUUUCAAAUUAAAUGGGAACUUUCUGUUUUACAGCUAAAAUGUAUCAGCGGCAUAAACAGCAGCUUCUUACCGACUGCAAUUGACAGUUGAGCUUGGCGGGAGAUUAACUUUGUGGCUUAAGGCCUACAGAGCACAUGUUCUGACUGACAAGUUCCUUUUAACGUAGCAGGCAGCGUGAUACGUUGUCUCGGUGGGGAGACGUCAAAGCGUAGCGUGUCUGAGGGAGCGGCUGAGCACAACGGGUGCCACCAGUUGAAACUUUUUCUCUGCAGCUAACACAGACAUGAAUCAGGCAGGAAGUGCUCUGUGGUUCAGGCAGGAUGACUGCUGAGAUAUGUGUGUGAGAAGCAUUUGGCAAGACAAGAGUUUAUACAAUGAAGGGAUCACAUCUGCCAUUGUAGGAUGUGGAUGAAUGUGCUUUGAGGAGUCCUAAUAAAUGAAAUAUUUGUCAUACA